AUGCGGAUAGAAACGUGCUACUUCUGUUCAUCUCCAAUCUAUCCCGGACACGGAAUUCAGUUUGUUAGGAAUGAUUGUACGGUGGGUAUCCAGCUAUGUGUUUCCUUAGAAAUAUUUAAAUUUUGUCGAUCAAGAUGUAAUAAGCUGUUCAAGAAAAAGAAGAACCCAAGAAAGCUAAGGUUCACCAAAGCGUCUCGACGAGCGCGAGGAAAGGAGCUUAUCAACGAUGCUACCCAGUUGCUGGAGCAGAGGAGAGAUGAGCCAGUGAAAUACGAACGGGAGUUAUUCAAAAACACUGUAGAAGCAGCAAAAACAGUCUCGGCUCUGAAACAAAAGAGGUUGGUAAUGCUCUAG